AAUUCUCAGGACAAAACGCAAGUUAAAAUCAAAGAGCCUCGUUUUGUAUCGUAUAGUGUAACAAACAUUUUCUGCAUAACAAAUAAAUAAAAGAAAAAAUGGAUAAAAACAAUGACUCUCCGACAUCGGAAUCUUCGCCGCCGGUAUGCCAUCCGGCAGUGGCACCACUCUCUUACCUUCUUGGAAAAUGGAGAGGCCAAGGAGAAGGAGGUUACCCCACCAUCAAUUCCUUCUCCUAUGGUGAAGAACUUCACUUCUACCAUCUACCCAACAAGCCUGUUAUAGGGUACACUCAGAAGACAUGGAAACUCAGUUCUGGAGAGCCUAUGCAUUCUGAGAGUGGAUAUUGGCGUCCUAAACCUGAUGGAGCCAUUGAAGUUGUUAUUGCUCAAAGCAAUGGUCUUGUUGAAGUACAGAAAGGGACAUAUAGCAUUGAAGAAAAAGUGAUACAGCUUCAGAGUGAACUGGUGGGGAAUGCUUCAAAGGUUACAGGAAUCCAAAGAUGUUUCCAGCUAGUUGAAGGGAAUCUUUGUUAUGAGGUUGAGAUGGCUACCAAUACAAUUACUCUUCAGCCACACUUGAAAGCAACACUGAAGAAGCUCUAAAGCAAACAACAUCCUCAAUUAUCACUGUCAAAAGAUGUACAUGAGCAUGGUGGAGUUAUCAAGUGUAGUGUACAUGGUUUUGUAUUUGACAUGUUCACGAGUCAUUUUAUAGACCUUGUGCUUUACUGAAUCUGACACUAUUGAAUGUUAUUGGAAGUUGCCCAACAAAAAAUCUUGUGACUCUCCUGAUAUAUAUCAUCUAUGCUUUGUUAUAACGAACUAAUCAGUUCACAUAUUCUAUAGUGAUGCCUUUGCAAUAAACUUCAUGUGUUUAUAAACAUCAGUCAAUGAAAGUGAAUGUAAUGCAAUUUUCGUAGUUAUGUUGUACUUUAA